AUGUUCGCCCUCCGCGCGAGCGUUCUCGCCGCCUUCGCCCUCGCCGCAGCAGCCUGCGAGGACCAUCUGCACAGUCGGGACACCGCGCACGCGCACACUCACGAGCACGUCCACAAGCGCGAGUACCCGCAGGUUCCUCUGACACCGCCGUACCGGCCCCUCGUCUGGAGCGACUUCAACGUUAUCCAUACAACCGAUACGCACGGUUGGCUGCUGGGGCAUCAAAAGGCGAGCUUCCCGGAGCCGGACUACAGCGGCGACUUGGGUGACUUUGCCAGUUUUGUCACGCACAUGAAGCAGAUCGCUCUCGAAAAAGAUGUCGACUUGCUGCUCGUCGACUCGGGUGACUUGCAUGAUGGAACCGGCCUGUCAGAUGGAUACCCUGCUGGCAGCGUCGACGGACACGAGACCAACACAUUCCUAGAGCGCCUGCCAUACGAUUUGAUGACGGUUGGAAACCACGAACUGUACGAGUAUGCGGAUGCCUAUGACACGUACAUCAACCUUGCUCCGCACUUGAACGGACGCUAUCUCGCGUCUAACGUGAACAUCACCAUCCUGAACGAGGACGGGGAAGCUGUCAGCUUGCCUAUGGGAAACAGAUCCGUCAAGUUCACUACCAGAAAAGGCCGCAACAUCAUGUCGCUCGGCGUCAUUUAUGACUUCACGGGCAAUUCGGCAAAUACGACAGUACAGUUUGCCUCAGACAUGGUGAAGGAGCAAUGGUUUGCCGAUGCUAUUGCUGACGAGCCUGAUCUCUUCCUUUUGGUCGGGCACAUGCCUGUUUCCUAUGACCAUUGGCCAGAUGUGUUCGACGCCAUUCGCGUAGUACAUCCGCUUACCCCCAUUUUGAUCUUCGGAGGACAUACCCACAUUCGUGAUUGUCGUCAGUACGAUGGGAGGUCCAUGGCAUUGGAGAGCGGCCGCUACAUGGAAACCAUUGGUGCCGACCUCGACGCUGCGAAGGAUAACUCAGACAACAUCACGUUUACUAGACGUUAUUUGGACCAGAAUCGCGUUACAUACGAGUACCAUACCCAGCAAAGCAACGCGACGUUUGACACCGAAGCGGGUCAAAACAUCACGCAAGGACUGCUAGACCUCGCAAUUGCGUACGAUCUCGACUACCUAUACGGAACAGCACCGCAGGACUACUCUCUGAGCGGAGCACCCUACCCCUCCAACGACUCUAUCCUGACCCUCUUCAUCGCCGAAGCCGCCCCGGUCGCUCUCGCCAUUAACAACAGCCGCGCAUCGAUCCCGAACAUCAUGAUCACGAACUCGGGCUCGCAGCGCUUCGAUCUGUUCAAAGGGCCGUUCACGAAGAACGACCAGCUCACGUCAUCGCCGUUCCUGGACCAGUUCCUGUACAUCCCCAAUCUCAACUUCAGCAUCGCGAACCAGGUCCUGCCCGCGCUCAACCAGGCGGGCGCGGACGAGCGCAGGCGCAAGCGCGAUGCGUUCGAGCGCGAGAUGCGGAGGAGCGAUGAUAUCAGGGCGGUGUAUAAUGAAUGGCUCCGAGAGAUGAAUGAGCGUGCGGGGAUGGAGAAGCGCGCGGAGUCGGCGGGCAAUUUGACGCUGGGCUACGUCACGCAGGACUACUGCCCGGGCGCUGGCGACGACACGAUGCACAUCGCCAUCCCGUACUACGAUACCCCGGACUUCAUCGGCAGCAACGCGCCGAACGUGAGCGAUGACACGCCCAUCGACCUCGUCUUCGUGGACUUCAUCGAGGACCAGCUGCUCGGCAUCCUCAACGGCCUGCAGUCGGCGCAGACCUAUACCGAGAGCGAUGUUUUGCCAUAUAGCGAUAUCCUAUCGAACGAGAUCUUGGGUUUGUACGCCCAGGCGGAAUGGAACUAA